AUGGACAAGCCUCAGGAGAAGAACGAGCAGCCUGCGGCUCAGACUGAGGCUGCCGUUGCUGCUGAAGACCAGAAGCCAAUUGAGGAAAAACCGGCUGAACCAGCUGCUUCGAAGCCCGUCGAGGCCCAGGACGAUGACCGUAUCGAGGAGGUCAAGAAGGCCGAUGCUGGAGCUGCUCAGGUCAAGGCCGAGGAGCCUGCGCCAGUCGACGACCGCCCAGAGUACCUGAUCAAGCAUGCCGGACUCGCCCAGUUCUUCGACCGUUUGCCUGCCAUCCUCGAAGCUACCGGCCACAAGGAGAUGUGGGGUGUGCCAUUGAAGGACUCGACUGAUAUCCCGACUGUCAACAUCAUGAUCAAGUUCCUUCGCGCCAACGAGGGAAACGUCAAGGCGGCCGAGGAACAGCUCACCAAGGCCCUCGCCUGGCGCAAGGAGAUGGAUCCUCUGAGCAUCGUCGCGGACAUGAAGUUCUCUGCUAAAAAGUACAAGAACUUGGGCUUCAUUACUACCUACGGAGUGGACGAGGCGAAGUCUGUCUUUACCUGGAACAUCUACGGUGCUGUAAAGAAUAUUGAAGAGACCUUUGGCGACCUGACUGAGUUCAUCAAAUGGCGCGUUGCCCUGAUGGAGCUCGCUAUUCGCGAAUUGGACUUGGACAUGGCAAGAACUGCCAUUCCAGCCAUCGGAGAGGACUCCUACCAGAUGUUCCAGGUCCACGACUACCAGAACGUCAGCUUCCUUCGCAUGAGCCCUACCAUCCGCAACGCCUCCCGCGAAACCAUCAAUGUUUUCAGCAUGGCCUACCCAGAGCUCCUCCGCGAGAAAUUCUUCGUCAACGUCCCUGUCGUCAUGGGAUGGGUUUUCAGUGCUCUCAAGGUCUUCCUGAGCAAGAACACCAUUCGCAAGUUCCACCCCAUCACCAACGGCGCUAACUUGGCCCGCGAGUUUGGUGAUGCCGGCGUCGAGUUCCCAAAAUCCUAUGGCGGGAAGAGCCCUGAGCUGGCAGAGAAUGCGAUGACUGUCGGUCUCCUGGAGGACAUCUCUCAGGAGAAGGAGGCCGAGACCAAGGUAGAAGAACCUGAGGUCAAGAAGGACACUCCCGAAACGAAACCAGAGGAGACCAAGACCGAGACUCCCGUCGAGCCUGAAAAGACUACCACUGAAGUCGCGGAUAAGCCUGCUGCUGCUGACGCCAACGGAGCUCCCAAGGCCGCCGAGGGAUCUACCCCAGCUAACUAA